GUAUGAUUAGAAAAAAUAAAAAUUUUUUUUUUUUUAGGGGGAAUCAUGUUCCGGGAUGUGACCGGGACGCCUGAACAGCAAAAAUGUGGCGGCAAAACAAUUUCAAGGGAAAUUCCGAUUCAGAUCAGAGCAUUUCCGAUGAUGAAGAUUUCAACCUCGAUUUGCGGGAUGACCGUGCUUCGUUUGGUGGCGGCGAGGAGAAAGUGAGAGAGAAAGAGGAUGGGUUACAACUUCAAUCACGAUUGGAAAUACUAAAAGGUAUCACCGGGCCAAGUUGUGGGAGGAAAACUAAUGAUUCGUCUCUGGUGGCAUGUAAAGAAGGAAGUUCUUCUCUUGAAGAUGAUGUUGAAGUGCCUGAUUCCCCAAAUAAGGUUGACUACUAUGUCUCCUCCUUGAAGACAUAUAAGCACAUUGCUAAUGAGGAAGUCCUUUCUGAUGAUGAGGAGAGCAAUAAGCUCCCAAAUUUUUCUGUUGUUCCUAGUGCAAAAAGGUCUCAUUGCAGCUUUGGAAGAGAAGAACAAGAUAGAGAAUGUAGAUGGUCUCUAGUAACUAAAGAAGCUGAGGCACUAAAUCAUUUAAAUAAAAACCUCUUACACUUCUCCCAUUCUUCUUGCUCCAAAGAAGACCAAUCUUGCAGAGGUAUUCUUAUUCUCACUUUCAUGAAUAUUGGUAAAUGGUCAUGUGGAUUUCAAGAGCAUUCAAUGGCUGAGCUUUUAGAUGACCUUCAAGAUAAUACUAGCCUACCCAGAUGGCAUUCUAAAAUUGCUAGCAGAACAAGAGGAAAAAGGGCACUGCCUGCAUUCAGGAAACAUUCAUGUUCAUUGGGAGAUAGAACUAUAGAUGGUGAAGACCUACCCGAGCUCAUGGUUGGUGACUCAUCAAGCGAUGAUGAGGCUGAUUAUCAGAAUCUCAAGCUUGUUAUCCCUGAGAUGAAGAAAACUAUGGCAGACAGAUUUCAAGAAGCAUUAGGUGCUACCUCUUUGAGCAAUGAAGUGGCCAUUGCCGCUGCACCUAAACCAUUGUGUAGUGGAUUAUUUGGGAAGUUGCAGCAGGUUGUGCAGCAAGAAAAGGAAAAAGAUCUGCAUUUUUUGAAAAAGUUACAAAGUGGAGCUAUUGAAGAACCGAGCUGCAUUGACGUGCAAAUUAUGUCUAGGUACUUGGAUGCAAAGCUGACAGUUUGUCAUUGCUUAUUCAUCAAGGCCACAGAGGAUAUAUGGUCCCCAGAUGGUGCCAAAGAGAUGGAAAAUGAAGGGAAAAAAAUGAUAGUUAUUUUCAAUCAACGAAUCUGUGGCAAUGUCAACCUUGAAAUUGGGAACUCAAUUCGAAUUUACCCCCAGUGGUACUUAUGAUGAGCUUUAAAUCUUUUCAUAUGCUCAAUUCUGCAUGGGAAAAUUAGAUGCAUUGUUUCUUUGCACAUGCCAAGGUUAUGAUGAGUGCAGUUUAAGUCAAUUAAGGGAACUUGUUGAAAAUUUCUAGUCCUAGCAGUAUCAAGUUACUUUCUGGCUGCGUUAAGUUGCCCUGGUAUAUAAGUUUCACUGUUUCUUUUUUGAGAAAUAUUGCUGAACUAUUAUUACUUAUUGUUUUAAAAACAGCAUCAAUAAAUUAAUCUCUCAUUGUUGUUUUAUCUUUUUGAGCAGGAAAGAAGUUCAAGUAAAGGGAAAUGCUGAGAAAAUUUUAUUAUCAACGUAUUUCUCCCAGAUUUGAACAUGGUUGGGGGUCUAUCCACAAGGAUUCUGAUUCGAUUGCAUUGUUCCUCUGACAAGAUCACAAUAUCACAUGCUUAUAAUGAUAAUGUUGAGUCAUUAGAUUAACGUAGCAUACCAUGAGUUUGGCAAGUGAAAAGUUCCUUACGUCCAGUGGAGGAGAAAUUCUACGGAUAUCCCGGUGACAUGAUAUCACUAGUAUCCUAACCUAAUGAAAAACUUCGAAUUUUUAGAUCGAUUGCUGUUCUGAAGAGAAUUUGAUGAGCUGCAAGUUUUGUUAUUGGGUUGGGAUCCUAGUGUCAUGGGGUCACACGGAUGUAGAUUUUUUUAACUAGUAAUGGAACCAUUGACAAGAUCAUGGAGUAAAUGUAAGUUUUUAACUUAGGCUGUGUUUGGUAUUGCUUUCACGUAACAUGUGUUCUCACGUAGCACAUUAUGAAAAAUGUUAAAUUUUGUGAUAUUACAACACAGGAGAAGUCGUAAGCAUGGUACCAUACAGCCUUAGUUGAAAGAUGCCCUUAAUGUCGCUCUAAUCAAACUUUUUUAUGUUC